AUGGCGCUGCAUAACUACAUUAGACGUUAUUCUACAAGUGAUCGUAAGUUUAAAAAAUAUGACCAGAUGGACGUUGAGCUUGAAGAAGAAAAAGGAUAUGGCGAUGAAGAUGAAGCUGAAAAUGGAGUUGAAAAAGUUGGAGAUGAAUUUAUUUGCCUCUAUCAUAUUUGUUUUAAAUUAUGGUUAUUUCUUUUCCAAGAUAAUGGCAAUGGUAGAAAGAAGGCAGAGAAAAAGGAGAAGGGACCCGAGUUCUCUGAAUUUGUUGGUUCUGAUUUUAUACAUCCCAAGGAUGCUGUCCCGAUCGAAAGCAUACAGGAGUUUGACGAGACUGUUGAAGGGACUGGAAACAAGGGCAGGGUGUGUGUUGUUAAUGAUAUUGUUUUGGGUGAUAUAGAGGAGAUGAUGGGAAUAGAGGAAGUUGAGGAUACUUCGAGGACACUGCUGCAGGACAGGUGUAACGAUGCAGAUAAAGAGCAACAAAGGAUAAUGGACGAGUUGGAACUGGUUGUGAAUGGAACACAAAAUAUCAUUUGUGAUAGUGGUUUAAUCUCUUUGAGUGCAGGGUUAGGCGAGGAACAGAACGGCAGCAGGGCAGUUGAGCCGAUGGAUUACCGAUUCGAGAAUGAUGAAUUCCCGCAUUCUGAUGUCAAAAAAUGUGGUAAUGCAGGUGAGAUGCAAGUACAAGGCCCGCUUGAUCAACUUCCCUCUGAAAACUUUAAUCAAUGCUUAGGAGUUGAGUUGUCAACAUCAGCACAAGAACAAACUUCUGCAUUGGUAACCGGUAUAUCUAGUAUAAACCACGGGAGAGAGGGGAGUGAAAUGGAAAUGGUUUGUGCUGUAACGGGUUCUCUUCCGAAUUCUAAAGAAGGUGAAGUUGAGAAGGUAGAGCAAUGUGACUUAAUGGUUACUCAAGGAUUGCAUGUUUCUUUGGAAGAUAAAUAUGAAAUGAAAAAUGAAAGGAAUUUAGAAAAGUCAACUUGUGCAAACAAUGCAUCUAUUUCUUCAAAUAUUCAGAUUGAAAAUGAAGACAUAGAAGAGGGAGAACUUGUUGGAGACUUUGGAGUGGAUUGUAGUUCAUUUGGCAUGCCUACUGCAGAUUCCUUUAUUCCUCAAACGAAAAUUGAUGAGGUUCAGAACCCCAAAAGUAUUAAUAUGGGGAAUACAAAAAAGGAAGGUUUAGGCAAAGAAAUAGGUAGGAAACUGGUUACUGACAUGCCAAUAAAUUAUGUUCAAAAUCAAGUCUUGCACAAAUGCAUAUUGGAAGAGGACUCUGACAAGGAUCAUGGAAACCCUGCUGCAUCAGAGAAGGUUGAUGUCAGCUGUAAGAAAAAGCAUGGCCCUGGUUCUGCGGAAAAGAAAGCAAAAAAGAAGGAAAAAAAGCGGAAAAAACGGGCAGAAAAGAACAAACAACUUGGUGUUAAAAGGUUGAAGUUGUCUCUAGUACAACAGAAACCAAAAACUAUCUCUUAUUGUCGCCAUUUUCUUCUUGGAAGAUGCUAUAAGGGUGACAAGUGCCAUUUUUCACAUGAUACAGUGCCUUCUACCAAAUCAAAGCCAUGCUCCUUUUUCGCUCGUCACUCCUGCAUGAAAGGGGAUGACUGCCCUUUUGAUCAUCAACUCUCCAAGUAUCCUUGUGUUAACUUUGUGUCCGGAGGUUUUUGUGUCAGAGGUGAUGCAUGCUUGUUUUCGCACCAGUCACCAGCCAAGGAAGAUUUUGCUACACCUUCAAGGAUUCGCAAACCAGGAAUGAAAUCUCCACACUUUUCAGGAAACACAAAUUCCAACAUGCCAGCUAACAUUCAUGGCUGUAGUUCUAUCCAACAAAACCAUUUAAUCAAUCCUCCAAGAGUUCAUUCUGACAUCAAUUUGGAAAUUCCAAAGAAAUUGCCAGCUAGGAUUCCAAAGGGAAUUAACUUUCUUGCUUUUGGAAAAGAUCAUGUGUGCAGUUUUAAGAGUUCUAUUAACUCCCUUGUAAAUGGGGAAAAUAGUAUUGAUUUGCUCCGGAAUAUAGGUUUCAGUUUGCUUGAUCAUACUAGUUCAUCCUUAAAAGAUGCAACAAAAGAAAGGGUACCACAGACUGUCUCCAGUGAGAUUUCUGAUAAAAAUCAAUCUGUGGCAGAAAGUAUAAAAUUGAGUUUUCCCGGAAAAGCUUCAAUGAAUGAUGCUUCAACUGGUUUACAAGGUAGCUCUGAUGUGGAUAACAACGAAAGUAAACCAGUCCAAGAGGCAAGAGGGGCAUCUGAUUCUUUUCAAAUUUCCGCAGCAACACCGUCGCCAUUUAUGCGUCUGGUUUCUCCUUCAUCUUCAGAACAGCUACCAUCUAGAGAGGAGCUCUUGUCGACUGUAUUGUCAUUUGCAGCAGAGCAUGAAUCAGUUAUUAAGAUGAAAGAUUCUGCUGGCACUUCAACUGCAUAA